CCACCGUUUAGACCGAGCUAAUCUUCCACAAGUUUAUUUUAUAAUUUUAAAUUUUUUGUAAUUUGUAAGUGUAAUAGAAUAAUAGAAUAUCUUAUACGUAUAUACUUGCCGAGUGUUUAAUCAAAAAUAAAGAAAGGUGGGUGCCUUUAAUGUAGAAGUUGUAGGUAGUAGUUGCUCCAAUAGCCUUAACUGCCUUAAAUCUCUCUCCCAUACCUUCAUUCCAUAAAUACGUUCUACAUGUGGGUCUUUGAUCGAUUCAUUGAUUUAUUGAUUCAUUGAUUCUAACACUAUUCAAAAUCCCUUAUCACAUACAUAUAUACUUGUGUUCUGGGAGUAACAGAUUCAAGAAAACAUGAACUCCAAUGACGGGUCUGUUUGGAAGAGAAGAUCUAAAGAGAUCUGUUGCGAUGAUGACAAAUCACAGCUUCUUGUUGCCUCAAAUAAGAAGAAAAACAAGAACAGGAACAAGAAGACUGUGAAUCAGAAGACCCGAACAGAGUACCCGUUAUUGAGAUUUGAAGAUUUACCAGAGUAUAUGAAGGAUAACGAGUUUAUUUUGAAUUAUUACAGAGCUGAUUGGCCUUUAAAGCAAGCCCUUUUUAGCCUUUUCCGCUGGCACAAUGAAACCCUAAAUGUAUGGACGCAUUUAAUCGGAUUUGUUGUAUUUGUGGGAUUAACCAUUACAAACGUUAUGCAUGUGCCUCAAGUUUCACAGUUCCUCAAUUUGUUAACUUGGUCUUUCCCAUUAGGCCCAGGUGCAAACGCGUCACAUAAUUCAAUUAUGGAUACACCAAAACUCAUCGACCUAAAGCACGAAUCACCGCUAGACAUGGACAUCGGGCCGCCACUACUAGCGGCAACGCGGUGGCCAUUCUUCGUGUUCUUGGGCGGCUCGAUGUUCUGCCUCCUCUCCUCCUCCACGUGCCACCUCUUCGGCUGCCACUCGCACCACCUCAACCUCCUCCUCCUCCAAAUGGACUAUGUCGGAAUCACCAUCAUGAUCAUCACCUCAUUUUUCCCUCCAAUUUACUACAUUUUUCAAUGCGAGCCCAUAUGGCAAUUUGUCUACCUCGGCGGAAUCACAGCCAUGGGCGUAUUUACCGUUAUAACCUUACUGGCACCAGCGCUUUCUAGUGGAAAGUUCCGGUCUUUUCGGGCUUUUCUGUUUAUGGGUAUGGGCCUUUUUGGGCUCGUACCCGCGGUUCAUGCUGUUGUUGUCAACUGGCAUGAACCGCAGAGGAAUGGAAUCCUCGCAUAUGAAACCGCGAUGGCGGUUUCAUAUCUGACUGGUACCAUGUUUUAUAUUAGCAGAAUCCCAGAAAGAUUUAAGCCUGGUUGGUUUGAUUUGGCGGGACAUAGUCAUCAGAUUUUUCAUUGUUUUGUGAUUAUGGGUGCGUUGGCUCAUUAUGGAGCUGCGCUUGUGUUUCUUGAAUUUCGAGGUCAGUGGUCAGGAUGGCAGCAGCCUCCUUCGCAUCUCCCCAUAUCGUGUGUUGUUGCUGCUUGCCUUGACCCUCUCGGAUCAGCCUUCUCCCUUCUAUUCACAUUUGAUUGUCGGAGCAGACCCUGUGCUGCUUUUCCCCUUCGGCCUCACCGACCCCGGAGACUAAGACGUCCCCUCUUCCAUCUGUCUCUUCAACCUCUUCGAACCCCGGAGAUGAUCUCAAUUAGUCACGACAACCGGAAUGGCGGACAACACAACAAUGGAAGCAGGAGGCGAUUUUGUGUCGAAGAUCUUGACAUCUUUGAUGGAAGCGGGAGGCAAUUUUGUGGGUGUGGAUGA